GCAACUUCAAACUAACGUGCAUCUGCUGCACUUUCAGAAUCCUGUCGGUUAACACAGCUGUUUCAAGGAAAAAACAGUUUGCAACCUACAGGACAAAAAGUACCCAAAAACAAGCUCGUAGUAUAAUCAUUCACAUUAGAUGGGAUAUCUUACUUUUUCUAUCACUCAUAUUUUGGUCUGUAUACGUCCGAUUCCUGUUGGUAAUAGUCCUGAAGUGGACCAAAGGUAUUUCUCACCUGCUGGAUAAACGCCAAAAUACUCCACUAAAGCGAACUUAGGCGGCUGUGAUUUUAAGAUUUAUAACUUUAUACCCAGAGCUUAAAGUUUUUGGAGUAUAUGACUCAACGCAUCAAAUAACCAUGGGCCGCAAAAGGCAUACUGUUGGGAGUGUGUUCCGCAAUAAGUCAGAUAAAUCCUCUCGAUCCUCAGGCACAUCAUCCUCUUCUUCAUCCUCCUCAAAAUGCAGUGUAAAACCUAUACCAUGGAUUGAACAAAAUAUUGUAUGCUUAGAAUGUGCUAAAUUUGUUCUUGCUCGUCAUUCAAAAUCCAAUCCACGUUGUAGUUGUGGUUUAACAUUCAGUGAACAUCCAUCUAAUAUACAAAUAGAAGCUUUAACACAACAAAAUUUAAAUUUACAACCAGAUAUUUCUAUUAGUAGUGAUUAUCAUUUAAAACCAACAAUUAAUAAUGAACGUUGGCAUGUUAAAACACAUACUCAAGAAAUUCCAACAAAUGCUUAUGGUACAGUGGAAUUUCAAGGUGGACCACAUCCAACUAAAGCUCGGUAUGUAAGAUUGCAUUAUGAAACGUGUCCUGAAUUAGUAUUGCAUUUAUUACUUCAUGAAUGGAGAAUACGUGUGCCAAAUUUAGUCAUUUCAAUUGUCGGCGGAUUAGCCAAUGCUCCAUUACAAGCAAAAUUACAACAAGUUGUUCAACGUGGUAUAUUAAGAGCAGCCAAAACAACUGGUGCAUGGAUUGUCACGAAUGGAUUAGAUAUUGGUGUUACACGACAUAUUGGUGAAGCAUUAAAAGAUGAAGUGCAUAUUCGUGGUUCUAAUAUUGUUGCACUUGGUAUAGCACCAUGGGGUUAUGUACAACAUCGUGAAACACUUAUUGGAUUAGAUAAUACAUGUUCCUAUUAUUCACAAGGCUGGAGACCUGGUCGUCAAGAAGCUCCACUUAAUUCAGAUCAUAACUAUUUUCUAUUAGCCGACAAUGGAACAUCAGGUAAAUUUGGCGGUGAGUUAGGUCUUCGUCGACGUCUAGAACAAUAUCUUGCACAACAACCAAUUGAUAUGCGACGUUAUGGUGGAUCGAAAUCACGUGUUCCAAUUGUUGGUGUACUAUUAGAAGGUGGAACACAAACUUUUCGUACUGUAUUCGAAUUAGUCACAGGUCGUAAUCCAGUCCCAAUUGUUGUAUGUGAUGGUAGUGGUCGUGCUGCAGAUCUUUUAGCAUUUAUGCAUCGUUAUGCAAAUGAAGAUGGUGAUCUUAGCACACAAUUACGUGAUCAAAUGGUUGCCAAUAUAUCUAGAGCUUUUCAAAUUCGACGUUUCGAAGCGGAAGGAUUGUAUAGUGAAUUGAAAUUAUGCAUGAAACGUCGACAUUUAAUUAGUGUUUUUCGUAUGGGUGAAGGAGACAGUGAUGAAAUUGAUAUUACCAUAUUAACAGCUCUUUUACAAGUUUCAGGUCAAAAUUUAACACCAGCUGAACAGCUAUCAUUAACUAUGGCAUGGAAUAGGCCAGAUAUUGCACGUUCCAAAGUGUUUGCUAAAUUCAACAAUUGGUCUAAAACUACACUAGAAAAUGCAAUGGCUGAUGCUUUAUUAAAUGAUCGCUUGGAAUUUGUACAACUGCUGCUUACAAAAGGAUUAAGAAUUCAACGCUUCUUGACUCGUGAACGUUUAGAAGAACUAUACAAUGUGGAUGUGAAUAAUCAAUCAUUUCAUAAAUUAUUUGCAAAAGUUCUUGGGACAAAACAGAAAAUUACAUUACGAUCAAUUGGACAACUAGUUGAAAAUUUAGUCGGUGGAGGUUAUCAACAUUCUUACUGUAGUAAACCAUCGACAACAGAUUUAAUGGGAUCACCUAAUCAUGGCAACGGGUGGUUACCGAAUGUGAAUGUUACAUUUACCAAUAAGCAUGGUUCAGUAGUUUCUGAACCAACAGAUAAUAAAACUGCACGUUCAACGAAUUUUCUAAACAUUACAACUACAACAACUACUACUACGACAUCAGAUAAAUCAAUGCCACCGUGUCCAUUGAAUCCUGCAUCAAUAUCGAAUUUAAUCACAUCUAAAGAAUUAGUUACACAACAUAUUACAAAUAUUAUCAAUCGACAGCAUACAUCAUCACAACAACAACAACAACAAUCUGUACCACCAUAUUCAAAUUCAUCAAAUGAUAUUAAUCAAUCGAAUCGUUAUUUUCGUUAUCCUUAUACAGAAUUAUUACAAUGGACUUUAUUAACUCGACGUUUAGAUAUGGCGAAAUUUUUAGUAUUAGCUGGUGAAGAAUCAAUUGCUAAAGCGUUGUUUGCAGUAAAAUUGUUACGUAGUAUUCGACAUGUUACUUUAGAUGAAGAAACUGAUAUUGAAUUAUUGAAUGAAUGUCGUUCACACGAAGUUGCUUUAGAACGAUUAGCUGUUGAUUUACAAGAUCAUUGUUAUCGACAUGAUCAAGAUCAAGCGAAACGUUUACUCACUUAUGAAUUACAAGCAUUUUCAAAAAAUACUUGUUUAAGUUUAGCUUAUAUGUGUGAAUCCAAAGUGUUUAUAGGACAUCCUUGUACACAGUCAAUAUUAAAUGAUCUAUGGUAUGGUGGUCUACGUAAAGGUGAUCUUGUCGGUGCAAAAGUAGCUGUAAUAUUAAUUGGUCUCAUUAUACCACCAUUAUAUCCAUUGAUUGCAUUUUUUUUUACUAAAAAGAGUAAAUUUCUUGAAUUUAAAACAAAAGAAGAAUUAGCUCAACAACCACAAACAUUACAAGAACAUUUAGAUGAAUUGGAAGAUUCUUCAGAGUCAAGUUCUUCCUCUUCCUCUUCAUCAUCGUCAACUUCAUCGAGUUCUUCAUCAUCACCUUCUAAUAGUAGACGAUCAUCAGUUUUUCAUCCUAAUCUACCUAAUGAGAAACAAUUAGCCAAUGAGAAUUUUUUAUUAACACAACAAAAUAUUACAACAAAUGAUACAAUACCAACAAUUGAAAUUACUUCACCUACACCAUCGGAUAAAUCAGAUAAAGGUCAUUUAAAUAAUGUCGAUAAAUCUGAUGAUCGAUUGCCAACUUAUUGUCCGCCGACUUCCUCCUCCUCCUCCUCCAAUCCACAAUGCAUCGUCAAUAAUUCUAUUAAUCAAACAUUGAAUAAUUCACAUAAAACAAAACAAUUACCAUGCUUAUCAUCAUCGACAACAAUAAAUUACCAUGAUAAUGCUGAUGAGGAGCAAGAGGAGAAGAAUGAGGAAUUCUUUUUGAAAUUAAAAAAAAAUAAUAUGGUACCUGAUACGGCGAAUCUCAAUUUACAAACUGUUCCUACAGUAAAAACAUUUCCAGCUGAAAUGAACUCAACCCAGAGAUAUCGUCGUGAAUCAAAUUAUGAAUCAAAAUAUCCAUUGGAAGUUGUUGAAAAUCGUAAAUUAUCACAAACUUCGAAUAGUUUAUCACAAAAUCCAUUUAUUAUUCAAACACCGAAACGUAGUUGUGGUAGUACUGGUUGUACAGAUCGUAAUUUUCAUCGGUUACAUAAUGAAUCUAGAAAUCAUAUCCGGAAACAACGUUAUACAUUUCAUCCAUAUUCAACAACUUUGAAUACAUCACAAAAUGCAGCUUUAGCUAGACAUGCAUUUCUAUUAAGAUCCAAUUUAGCUGCAUUGAUCCCCUCAAAUCAUUAUGCAUCCGUAGCUGCAUCUAAUGGUUUUCAACAACGUCGACGAUAUGAACGAAGACGUAAUCGAGCUUACACGAAUACUACUACUACUACUACUACUACUACUACUACUACUGAUCAAAAUGAUACAAAUAUCAUUACACAAAAAAUUCUACAUCGUAAACGAUCAUCCACAACAACUACAACGACAACAACAACAUGUAAUACUGUGGUCUCUUAUGCAUCAUCAACACCAGCGGUAACCAUAGCAACAGCAACAGCGACAACCACAACAGAAGCAGCAAAUCCAUCAAUAUUUACACCGAGUCAUAUGAAUCGACAACCGAAAUUAAGUACUACUCUAAAAGAUCAUUCAUUUUCUUCGCUAAGCUAUCAUCAUCGUAAUGGACAAUGGAUACCGUGUGAUUUAUCCGUUGGAUAUGAUUUCCCAUCAACCAAUAAUCAUGGUUUACAAUUAUCAUGGCGUAAAAAAGUAUAUGAAUUUUUCAGUGCUCCUGUAACACGAUUUUAUUUACAUGUGCUUUUAUACCUGGUAUUCGUUGUGUUAUUUAUUGGUCUAUGCAUUCAUACUUUACCACCGGAUACAUUUUCCUUAUUGGAAUUGUACGUUUAUCUACAUAUUUUAACGUAUUGGUUAGAUAAAUUUCGUGAGGUUACACUUAAUCCAGGUGCUACUUACAUUCAAAAAUUCGUUGUACAUUUGAGUGCAUUUUGGAAUAUUUAUGAUAUGAUCAUGUGUUUAUUAUCGAUUACUGGUAUUAUUCUACGUUAUUAUGGUAUAAUUAAUCGGGAUUAUUAUAUGUGGGGUAAAAAUCUCCUCAUAAUUUGUUGUUCAUUAUGGCAAAUGCGUUUUCUUGAAUUGAUGCAAAUUUGGCGAUUUUCCGGUCCGUACAUUUAUAUGCUGGUGAAAAUGGUUCGUCUAAUGAUUCCUAUGCUUACAUUACUGUUUCUUCCUCUAUUGGCAUUUGGUACAAUACGUCAAGGUAUUAUGUAUCCUACACAUACACAUGUCAAUCUUGAAGCUGUUAAAGGUAUUAUGCUUAAACCAUAUUUCAUGUUGUAUGGUGAAGUGUAUGCCGGUGAAAUAGAUCCUGUUGAUUGGCCAAUUGAAUCACAAACUGCACCAUUUUUAGAAAUUGUACCAAUUGCUACAGUGAUCUAUUUAUUAUAUUCUAUUAUUUUAUUUGUUAAUGUUGUCAUUGCUGUAUUCAAUGAUAUAUUUGCUAGUGUACGUCAACAAUCUGAAUUAGUUUAUAAUUAUUUACGUUAUGCAGUUAUUAUUGAAUAUGAAUCAAGACCAUUAUUACCACCACCAUUUAUAAUUAUUUCAUGGAUUUAUAUGUCAAUACGUAAUGUACAUCGAAUUCGUAAAAAGCGUAGAGCUAAUAAUAAUAAUAAUAAUAACAACAAUAUUCAAUCGAAUGCAUCAAAUCCUACUGAUCUGUCUGAUGAAAAAAAACAACCAAAUCAACUUGGCAAUAAUAAUAAUAUGCUUGAUAAUAACAAUAAUCCGGAAUUGUCAAAAAAUCAUCGAGAUCAUAAUGAACCACCGGAUAGAUUGAUCGAUCCGGCGACUACUGAACUAUCAGCUGGUCUAAAACUAUUUCUAAAUCCAGAUGAAGUAGAAAAAUUGCAUGAUUUCGAAGAGGAAUGUGUCGAAGACUAUACACGUGUUACAAGAAAAGCUGAAUUUCACAAAGCUGAAGGUCAAGUUGAAAUAUUGAGUAAAAAAAUUGAUCAAUUACAAUUUCGUAUGGAUGAAAUUCACGUGAGACAACGUCAUUUACGUGGUCUAGUUCAUUUAGUUGAAGAACAUCUUGUCUGUAUGGAAGAUAAUUUACAUGCAACAGGUAUAAUGAAUUCAUCACCAGGAAUUAUCUAUAAUAAUAACACUAAUCCUUCUUCUCAUAAUAUGGAACAGUUGACAAUGAUGUCGACAACCACAACAACAGCACCGCCAUCAUCAUCCGCAGUAAAUAAUCAUGAUCAACUACCUCCGUCUACUUCUAUUGUAAAUAAUAAUACCAGAGAGAAAGAUAUGAUAUUUACAUCGAGUUUAUUAUGGUUACUGAAACGACAAAUAGCUCGUGAUUCAAGCGCUGCACCAAAUGAAAACCUUGAUUAUCCACAACAAUUAGCUCGUUCACUUGUAUCACAACUUGGACGACGUUCACGUGUACCAACUGGAUCGUUUAGUUCACGUCAACAUCAAAAUUAUUUAGAUUCAACAUUUGAACGAUCACCAAGUUGUUCAAUUCGUAUGAAACAUCGUAAUGGUCGAACAGAUCAUAGAUAUUCAUUGCCAACUUUUGAUUAUCCUUCUUUCCCACAUUCAGAAGGACAUUAUCAUGGAUUGACAUCAUCAUCAUCAUACUACGAUCGAAUGUAUGAACGUGAUCGUAAUCGUCUUCCUAUGAAUCGUAUCCAGCAUGGAUCUUAUCGAGCACCAGAUCUAACUUAUCGUGAAUACACAACCAUCUGUGAUGAUAUAGAUCUUUCUUGUUUAAGUUAUCCUAACAGUCCAAUGAUGAGUCCUAAUGGUUCUCGAAUGGAUCUUACAUCUGUUGGUCUUAUGCGAAAUACCAAUUUCCCGACAGAUACUACUGCUAUGAUUAAAACCAAAGAGCAUUUACCUUUACCAAAAUAUCAAAAUAUUCCAUUUGUAUCAAGUGAAACUACAAUGAAUAGCUUAAUGAAUCGAAUUAUUCCUUGUAAUAUAACUACUGACAUUUAUGGUACUACUAAUACUAAUAGCGCUACCGUUACUCAUACUACAACUACAACUACUACUACAAAACCACCUCCAGAACCGAAAUCUGCUCCAGCUACUCCAAGACAACGUGCUUCAUCAUUUCAAUCAUCAAUAAUGGAUAAUGGCAGUGAACGUAGUCAAUCACUUGCAACUUUACAAACCAAUACAAAAUCUGUUGAUAAACAUGCAUUUAUGUCUCUGAAACAUUAUACAAAUUAUGAUACAAAUUUACACUAUAUCAAUCCUGAACUAUAUUCACAUACUCAUCAUUUAACUGAUAAUACCAACAACAGUGUCACGACAACAACAACAACAACUACUACUACAACAGCAAAUCCUCAAGAUAUACAAAACAUGAUCAGUAAUUUGAAACAUUUCACACAAGAUAUCAUCAAUGAUUACAAUGAUGACUAUGAUGAUGAUGAUGAUGUUGCAGGUGGUCGUGGUGGUGGUGGUGUUGUUGGUGGUGAUAUUGAUUAUGUCGAUGAUAAUGACGAUGAUGAUGUCGAUGAUGCUGAAGGUGUUGUGGAUCAUGUUAAUGAAGAAGAAAAUAGACGAGAUUUUUACAUUGAAGAAGAAGAUGAAGAACAGAUGCAAGAGAUGGAAACUGGAAUUGAUUUUAAUGAUGAUGACGAUGAUGUUGACAAUGAUUUAGAAAUGGAAGAGAGAAAAAUUCACUUAGGUCUUCAAGAAGCUGAAAAUGCUGAACGUAUUGAACUUCAAGGGGCUAUGCUUAGACGAUUACGUAAAUUAUCUAUUUCCAUGCCAAAUAAAUCAUGUCCAGUUAACAAUAUCAUUGUUGCUAGUCAUCUUGAUAAACAUAAUGAUGUGAAAAUGAUCAAGCAUGGAUUCAAUCAAAUUAACAAUCAAAAUACUUCUUGUUGGAAUACAGACAAUCUACCAGAUUCCAUUGAGAAAUCUCCUGGUACAAUUAGUGGACAUACACAUGAAAUUGGAUUAAUUAGUUCAGAAGAUAUGGGUGAUUUUUUAUCACAUGUUGCUAAUGAAGAAGAAGCUGUUGAUCCAGAUUUAGAUUUAGAUUUUGAUUCAAUUCCUCAUGAAUCAUCAUCACCUGCAUUAUCGUCACCAUCAUCAUCUUCAUCAUCAUCUGAUAUUCGAUCAUGUAUUGAAUCGCCUAUACAACAACAAAUGAAUAAUAGUAAUAAUACAUCAUCACCUAGUAAAAUGAACACUGAUUUAGAUGAUGUUGAUGAUACAUUAUUAUCAUUGCAUUCAAUGACUACUGAUAAUGCAAUAAUUAGUAGUACAAGUAAUAUUAACAACAAUAAUACUAAUAAUAAUAUUCAUCUCUCAUAUCCAAGUCCUAUACUGGAAGAAAAAGAAGAAGAAAUAUUAGAAGAACACGAAUAUGCUGACAAUCAUGAUGAUGAUGAUGAUGAUGAUGAUGACGAUGACGAAGUAAUUCGUGAGCUAACAGUGACAACAUCAACAAAACCAAUUUGAAACCAAAGCAAAGUCUCCGUAACCUCCUCACAUAUAUAUAUAUAUAUAUAUAUGACUGCACCCACAUUAACAACUUUGAAGAAGAUUUUUUUUAUUGAUAUCAAGAUUAUUGAUUUGUUGUUUGUUUUGCUCUUCAACUUUAUAUAUAAACCCGUCCCGUCUUUCGUUUUGUUUUGUUUUAAAAAAUAAAUUUCUCAAAUCUACUGGAUUAUUAUUAGUUUUAAAUAUGAUGUAUAUAAUAUACAUAUAAUAUAUUAAUUAAAAAGACAAUAGAAAAUUCAUUUUAAACAAUGAUUAAAAGAAAAAGAAUACUAUCAGUUUAGUGUUUUAUUCCGAAAAACUAUGCUCAGAUUCUCAGAGUUAGAUGUUUUGUAUCCUUCUGUGUGUCGGUCUGUCUGUGUGUGUGAGCUCACGCUCACGCUCAUCUUUACAUGGAAAGUUAUAUCCUUUCAAUAAUCAAAUUAAUUACACAAGUGAUAUUGAUCUGAAGAUAAAAACGUUAAUAAAUUCUAUUCCUAUUUUUUCUAAUUUUGAGUAAAUCAACGUUGUUCUGAUGCUCUGAACGCCCUUUCUCUCUCUGUGUUUCUAUUGUUACACCAUUGUAAUUUUUUUGUACAGUACAACUUCACAAUGUGAAGAAACUUGACAAAUAAAUGAUUUGUAUAAAUUUAAAAAUAGAAAAAAAAACAAACAACUCACGUUCUAAUAUUGUUUUGUUAUUUUUUUCUCAAUAAUAUAUGACCUUAAUGAUUUCUAUAAAUAAAUAAAUAUAUUUAUAAACGAUUUUUUAAAAAAACAAAUAAAAAAAAACAAUAUUUUGUGAUUUUUUUAUAUAGUUAUUGUAAAUAUACAUAUGUAAUUUAUCAUAUACUAUAACAUAUCUUUAACUCUUAUUAUCUUCUCUUUUUGUUUACUGUUUCAAAGAUUCUUUUGUGUGUGUGUGUGUGCUGGUCUUUUCUUCUUCAUACAAAAAAAAACCAUAAUACACUUUCUCGUUCACAUUUCAUUUUCAAUCCACGUAACAUAUAACAUGCAUAACACGAAUGAUAAUAUUCAGAAUUGAACACAACAACAACAAUGUACUACUGCCGUUAUUUAUUUUUUUUUUCUAAUAUCCAUCCAUUCUACACAUUUAAUUAUUUAUUGUGUAAAACUUGUUUUGAUUUUCUUUUUGUUAAUAAAAUACUACUAUUAUUAUUAUGCUUGAUGAAUUCAGUUGAAUAUAUUCUC